AUGUCUGUACUUUUGCUGUUCAUGUGGAUAGAAACCUCAAAUGAAUAUAAUGGCUUUGACUGGGUUGUUUAUCUACUUACAGGAUACUGGUACUUCUGGUCCAUUCUUUUGCUGAGUUUAUUUGGAAUCUUGGUUGUCUACAUUUCAUUGCUGUUGAUACUUGGAGUUUUGUUGAUUCGGGAAGGGUAUGAACCAUACCUGUACUGGUGUCAUAAGAUCCUGGUUAUGCUAGCGAUUUUGAUAUGCACGUUUUUUCUGUCGGUUUUAUGCAUUUACUGGAAUGACAGGUGGCUAACAUUGGGGCUCUCACUGAAGGUCUUUGCUCCCCAUGUGCAUCUGACCAUGAUAACUGUGAUGGUUCUUCUUUCCUGGCCUGUGGCCUUCUACUUGAUCCAUUUGGAACAAGAAGCUAGAUUCAGAAGAGACCAGAGUAAACGUCAUAAGAUAAAAAGAAUCAAGACAUGUGCUAGACUCACAAAGCUGAGAGCUGCACAAGUGGUUAUUGGACUGCCUUUUUUUCUUAUCCUUUUAUUUCUGUUUGUGGUGCCAUGGGGAUUUUAUUCUCCCUGCGUUGAGAAUGAGAAUAAAUUGGGACCCAAGCCGGGCCUCUUUGGACAUAGAGGUGCACCCAUGCUGGCGCCUGAGAACACCAUGAUGUCCUUUGAGAAAGCUGUUGAAAACGAGGCCUUUGGGCUGGAGACUGAUGUAUUCUUAAGUAUUGAUGAGGUGCCUUUUCUCAUGCAUGACCAUAACCUGAGAAGAACAACCGAUAUCAGGGAGGUCAGGCCAAAUGAAUCCUAUUCACCAAGUUCCUUCUUCUAUUGGAAUUUCCUGUCAACUCUGAAUGCUGGCAAAUGGUUUGUAGAUUCAUGGAAGAGGCCAUUUUACAAUAUGAAACCCUUAUCAAAGGCUGAUAAAGAAAAGGCAAAAAAUCAGAGGAUUCCAAAACUAAGUGAUUAUUUGGAAAUUGCACGGAAGACAAAUAAAUAUGUGAUAUUUGAUCUUAAUGGCCCUCCACCAAAACAUCCUCUCAGAAAUACAUAUGUACGUCGUGUAGUAGAUGUGAUCCUUGACUCUAAAAUUGAGCAACGUAUGGUUUAUUGGUUACCUGGUUUUGAUAGGGGGUAUGUGAGGUGGAAAGCUCCUAAUUUUCAGCAUGUGGGCCGGUUAGAUCCCAUUUAUGAACUUAAAAAAGAAAAUAUCAGUAUAAUAAAUGUUGACUACAAGAGGUUGUUCCACAACGGGUUGAGUGAUUAUAAAGCAGCUAACAUCAUCAUCAACUUAUAUAUCGUCAAUGAGCCUUGGAUCUUCUCAUUGGCCUGGUGCUCCAGGAUUAACUCGGUGACCACAGACAACAUUGUGCUCCUGAGGGAGAUAAAUUACCCAUACUAUUCCAUGACACCAAAGUACUAUGUGUUCCUGUGGGUUCUCCUGGAUUGUAUUUCUGCAGUUUUCAUUUUCGCCAUAUUUUAUUUUCAUUGGUGGAGAGAGAGCCUAAGAGAACAAGUCUUCGAAAGGACCAGCAGUUACACAGAUACUGGAAGUAGGAGAUCCAAAAGGAGAAAAAGUGAGAAAAUACAAGAUUAUACUGUAACCAUGCCACCUCCUUCCCAAGUUGGGGAAAGCCCUGAGCCUCCAGCAGCCCCUCCUGAGGUUUAAGGUAAAAGACAUUGAACCAUAGUCAGUCCAGGAAGCCACCACGCCUGCUACAGAUGACCUUGGACAACUGGUGCCCACACAGAAGGCCUUUGAAUCCACCCCAGCACUCACCUAGGAGGCCAACAGAGAGGCCACCCUCCAAACUGCAGUGCCAGAAGACAAAGGAACCAGCAGUUUCCUCCAUAGAUGUCCCUUACCCUGAAACACAACCCAAAAAGACUCCCACAAUUGAAUACUCCCAAGAAUCCUGUUUUACGACGUUUUCCAUCACAUCCAACAUGUCCUCCUUUGGGCUCUCUACAAAGAAUUAGCCACAUCUUGCCCCCUUCUAAUUCUUCCUCUCCGUGCCUAAGGGUGGUGGUGGUGGGGAGUAGUCAAGAAAGGAGUGCGGAAGAGCAUUGGAAGCUCAAUGAAGAACGUCUGGACUAGCCUUUCUGUAAAGGAUGCAGCUCCAGGGUUUAGGCAAGAGGGAAAACAACUGUUAUGGUCUUGGAUCUGGAGCGCAUUCUUCCCUGGAUGCUACGGGGUUUCUCUCAUCCUAACCCUUCAUAGUAGUCCCUGCUAACGGAGCGGCUGUGGUGAACUUCGACAUGUAAAUAAAGGCAACC